GUCCGACAUCAGCAUAGAAAUAGUUGAGGUUCAAUCAAUUCAAUUGCAAAGCAUCGCAGACCAGAUCCUCUCCUUCACCCUCUCGCAGUACUAGACACACUCCGGACAACCUCAGCAGUUUAAACAUCAAGAUGACAGGCGGCGGCGAAGACAGAGCGUCUCUCAUAAACAGACAGCUGCCAGAAAUGACACUAUCGACAGCAGACAGCCCAUUGACAAAGGCCCGCCCGCCGCCAGAAAGCCUCAAGCCGGCAGAAAAAGCACAGUUCCGCUUCGAAGUCCACGGCAACGCCAUCAUCACCGGCGGAGCAGGCACCCUCGCCCUUGAAGCCGCAGAAGCCCUCCUCGAGCACGGUGCUGCCGGUCUCGCCCUCUGGGACGUAAACCCCGACUUGGCAUUCGACCGCAUCAAAGCGCUGCACGCGCGCUUCCCCGACCGGCGCAUCAUGACCGAAGCCGUCGACGUGCGCGAUGAAGCCGCGAUCGCAUCAGCCGUCGAGAGCGCAGCGAAGGUGCUGGGCAGCAUCGAUAUGCUGUGCUGCUUUGCGGGCGUCGUGGGCUGCACGCACGCCAUUGAGAUGAAAUCGGAUGAGUGGAGAAGGACGCAUGAUAUCAAUCUCACGGGGAGCUUUCUUUGCGCGCAGGCUGUUGCGCGGCAGAUUAGGAAGCAGGGUACGCCAGGGAGUAUCACAUUCACGGCGAGCAUCUCCGCGCACCACACAAACUAUCCUCAGCCGCAGGCUGCGUACAACAGCUCCAAGACUGCGCUGCUUUCGCUGGCGAAGAGUCUGGCGGCUGAGUGGAGUAGCUACGGUAUCAGGGUCAAUUGCUUGAGUCCUGGGUAUAUGGACACGAUCCUGAACGACGGGCUAGGACUUGAGCGUGCGAGGACGAGUUGGAACAGCAGGAACCCAAUGGGAAGAAUGGGGCAUCCGUGGGAGCUGACGGGGCCACUGAUUACGCUGGUCAGCAAUGCGGGGCGAUACAUUAACGGGACGGAUAUCAUCGUAGAUGGAGGCGCGAUGGUGUUCUAAAUAGCAAUGAGAAAUGACAAUGGUGCUGUGACAAAGGAGCAAGAGGAAUCCCUUCUGCCACUCUGAAACAGGUGGUAUAUAUACCAG